AUCGGGGGGAUGCGGGGGCGAGGGGCUGCAGACCGCACCCGGAGCCUGGACUCGGGCUCGGCAGGGCGGAGCCGCCAGCCUGCCGCUGCCCCUCCUCGACGGGGUGUCCUCGCCGUGGGGAGCGCAGGCCGGGGCAGCGCUCCGGCGAAAGCUCGCAGCCACCGGCGUUACGGUGUGAGCAAGGGCCGGAGAGGGAGGGUUCCUUGCCGCUGGUUGGAAGUGCAGACUUUAACGCGUGCAGCCCCUGAGGAGGGCGGAGGGUGAGGAGGUGACCCGCCGUCCCUACGUCCUGCCCAGCCGAGGCGGAGAUGCUGGAGCAGGGGCCGUCCCGGCCCUUUCCGCGCCCCCCGGUGCGGGGACUCUUACUGCGGCGGGGGAUCGGGCCGCCCCGCAGCGCUCCCCGCACCGCGGGAGAGCGCCCGGCCCGCCCGGCGAGCCAGCUCGGUCCCGGCUCCGCGCCUGCCCGCCUGCCUGCGCGCUUCUCUCCGAGCCGUCCGCCGCGUCCCUCUGCCCCGGGAUGCCUCCCAACCUCACCGGCUACUACCGCUUCGUCUCCCAAGAGAACAUGGACAAUUACCUGCGGGCUUUAGAUAUCAACGUGGUCCUGCGAAAGCUGGUCUGCCUACUGAAGCCGGACAAAGAGAUUAUCCACACGGGGGAUCACAUGAUCAUCCGCACUAUCACCUCCCUGCGGGACUACGUUAUGGAUUUUGACUUGGGAGUCCAGUUUGAGGAGGACCUGGGACCCGUGGACGGACGCAAGUGCCAGACCACCGUCUCCUGGGAGGGGGAUCAGCUGGUGUGUGAGCAGCUGGGAGAGAAGAGGAACCGAGGCUGGAGGCACUGGCUGGAGGGGGACCAGCUGCAUCUGCGCAUGACUGCUGAAGACGAGGUCUGCGUCCAAGUUUUCCAGAAGGUGAAGUGAGCGCUCCCCGCAGAGAUGCCCGGACGGGACCCGCGCUCCCCAGUGCGAGAAAGAAAAAGAAAACAAGACCCGAGCGAGCCUCUCCCCCA